GAUAAGGAAGGGGGUUGGUGUUUGUUUUGGGAUGGCUAGGGUGGUGGAAGGCGCAUGGUGGACUAGAUGUGUUGGUGGUGGGGGACAGAGGCGAGAAAGGGACUAGUAUGGGCUGAAGAACAGCAAACAUGGGGGGAAUCUGGUAAGGCUUGGUGGUGGGGGAGAGCGGCGAGAAAGGGGACUAGUAGGGGCAAAAGAACAGGAGACAUGGGGGACUCUGGUAAGGCUUGGCAUGGAGGUAGGAGGAUGAAGAUGGAUUUGGUGAGGAUGGUGAACAGCAAGAAGGAGAAAGGAAAGGAGAGAGAAAAAGAAAGGGCUGGGUUGGUGCAUGGGAAAUUAACAAAAAGAAUCGAAGAAAUUAUCUAAAAGUAAUGGAGGGUUAUUGUGUGUAAUGAAAUGCGCAACGGGACAAGAGUGUAUGUAUCAUAAUUCAUUGGGAUAAUAUCUGAUAUUUAUGGUAAAAAAUAAAGAUUAAAUCUGAUA